CUAAUAUUGAAUUCUUCAUUACCAGAAGAUCUACAGAUUUUUCCUACAGGAAUCAUGACAAUGACGAAACUCUGGACUCUUCUUCUUGCCUAUGCGCUGAUCAUUUGUCAGAUGUACGUCUCACAGGCAGCUCCAUCCAGAACUAGUAAGGAGUCCAUGUCAGAUGGAAUCACACUAUCGAAUGAUGAUACCCAAAGGUUACUCAGAGCGAUCAAGGAGUUCUUGCAGAUAACUUCAGAUGAGCAAGACCACCAAACAGCUGAUGGAAACAGCUUGGAUAGACCCAUGUAUAAGCGCUGCACCGGCUUAAGCACUUGUGUGCUGGGCAAACUCUCCCAGGAUAUUCACAAACUACAAACGUAUCCCCGCACCGACGUGGGAGCAGGGACGCCUGGCAAGAAGCGAAGUUUAUCUGAGCAAUAUGAAAACUACGGCAACUCAUACAAUUGAAACUCUCCCUUUUUAAGCCAUGUAUUCUUCUGUCAGUCUGACUUAACGUUUGCUUGUUCAUCUAGCUCCAUCCAUUCACACAACUGCUGAUGCAUGUAGACCUAACUUCAAAGAAAUGUCUUUGCUUUAAUUUUCCACUGGCAGACAUUAGAUUUUGACAGACUUGAAAUCAUAGAAUUAGCUACACAAAUCGUGUUACUUAGGCGGUUCUCUACAAUACAAUACAAUCUAGAAACAGCUAAAACAAUCUUUCCAAUGUUAAAUAAUCUUUCUCUUCAUUGUAACUGUGUUUCCCCUUUAAUAAAUUCAUAAUUUACAUGGAAGCUCUUUUUAAUUUAUUCAAGAUUGAAUACAUUACUCAUUGAAUAAAAAAAAUGAAGUGGAAAAGGGUAAGCAUGACCGCCUAUAAUGCAUACACACAAUUAUUGGAAUAUUUUGCUCUGCGUACUUCUAUACUAUUGUGUUUGAUUUGUUGUUGAUGAUGCUAAACAAUACUGUUUAACGUGUGUCAUGCAGAUGUCAGAUGAUAAACUGUGUUCACCAUCUGUUUCAUUCUUACAAGUAAUACAACAGCACAGAAGCGGGGAUGCAACACAUCCACCUGUGUAACCCACCGCUUGGCUGACUUCCUGAGUCGGUCAGGAGGACUGGGACACAGCAACUUCGUUGCCACCAACGUAGGUG